AUGCUUUGGCGUAGCUCGCUUUUGGCCAGACAUGGUCGAGCGCGUAAGUCAUGGCUUAAGUCUUUGCAUACACCUUCUGCAAUCGCAGUUAAUGAAGAAAUUCGGUAUCUGGUGGUCGACGGCUACGUCAAGACUGGCCGAGACACACUCAUGGCAGGUGGUGCCACCACUGCCGGUCAGCUGUACGCUAAUAUGCUCAUCAAAGCCACGAAGCACAGUAUUCAACGAUCUGCAGCGUGUGAUCUUAUCUACCCUGCCGACUUAGGAUUUGUGACACCAGAUUUAUCCAAGUAUCAUGGUGUAGGCUGGUCUGGGUCUUCUUUGGCGGUGCACGAGCGUGAUGAUCCAUCGGUGCAUCAAAUGAUGAAUCUCGCUCGACAGAGCUUUGCUUACGGUGUACCACAAUUCGGUAGCUGUUUUGGACUGCAGAUAGCUGUAGCAACUGCUGGUGGCGUGGUUCAAAGGAAUAGGCGAGGUAAAGAACUUGGUAUUGCGCGCAAAAUUCGGCUAAAUGCUGCAGGGAAGGCUCAUCCGAUGUACGAGGGCAAGCCGACAGUGUUUGACGCUUUCAGUAGCCAUAAAGAUGAGGUCCGAGUCAUUCAACCAGGGGGGCUACAGCUUGCAUUCAACACAUUCACUACAGUGCAGAGCGUGUGUCUAAGAUACCUCAAGGGCGAGUUCUGGGGACUGCAGUAUCAUCCGGAGUAUGAUCUGCACGAGAUGGCACGCUUGUUGCACUGUCGUCGUGUGAUAAACACUCAGCUUGGGUUUUUCGAAAACUUAAAGGAUGCUGAUUGCUUCAUCGACAUGCUCGAGGAGCUAGCAGCCAAUCCGAAUCGCAGCGACCUUGCAUGGCGAAUUGGCUAUGAUAGAGAUGUGCUCGAUGAAGAUGUGCGUACAUGCGAGGUAAGAAAUUUCGUCAAGCAUUUAGUGAUGCCGUACUUCAUGCGGUGCCAUGGUCAACGACAAAACAAAGAGGACGGGACAAUAAAAGAUGGCAGAUGUUAUCUUGAAGCGGUAUGA